CGAUAUGGUGCACGUCGUUUUUCGUGCACCUUUAUUCUGAUUACGCCCUCUGUCGUUUAGUGAAAGUCGACCAAUUCUAAAAUUGCUUCACAAUAGUUUCACACGUUUCGGGGUUGGACGGUGACACUGAUUGGAAAUUCGUGGCGAUGUUUUUAUUAGUUUUCUGGGCCAUUCAAUAAUGUUACGUUUUGUAUUUACUCAGUACGAUUACCCAGAAAACAACUCAUCAUGGCCACCGAUUGGGGUAUAAGUGCAGUGGCUACGGGUCCCAUCUCCGGCCAAGUUUGUCACCAGGCAUGUCAGCCAAGAAGUGAAGAUUCAAUAACUAAACAUGGGCCUAUUUUUUGGAUUAGUCGUUAGGUUCUUCACAGAUGUCUUGAGUUUUAUACGGCUUACGCUGCACUGAAUAAGAAAAACGCUGUCUUGAAGUGUGUGCGCGUCGAAGUCAGCCACAUGCACCAAAAUGUCCACCGUUUAUCAAGAAAUUGACGAGAGUUUGAAUACUCCAGUGAGGCCUGAAAGCGAGACGACAUCAAGCGUGGAGAUUGACUUCCCAGCCCCUGCUAGAACAUUGUUCGGCAUCCAGCGAGAUCGUCUGGGCGUGGUGCUAUGCAUAUUGGUCUUAGAGCUGUGCGAGCGGCUGACCUACUACAGCAUUGCUGGCAACCUGGUGCUCUACUGCACCAACGAGCUGAAAUUCUCGAGUGCCGACGCGACCACCGUUACUUUCAUCUUCACAGGGACGUCUUAUUUUGUGCCGGUCGUCGGUGGGUGGAUUGCUGACUCCGUAUCAGGGAAAUACAAUGCUAUCUUUGGAGCAGGCCUCAUUUAUUGCAUAGGCACGACCAUGUUGCCCAUCAUCUCCAUAGAUUUUACCCAGUAUGGCCCCCACCUAGGGCUGACUGAGGGCCAAAAGCGAGGCUUCUUCCUCUUCAGUCUAGCCGUCAUUGCCAUCGGUACAGGCGGCAUCAAAUCCAACGUGGGCCCGUUCGGAGCUCAACAGUUGGAUGAUCUUGGAGAGGGUCCCGUCAAAUCUUUCUUCAAUUGGUUCUACUGGUUCAUCAAUGUGGGUUCGGCUGUCUCCUUCUCUGCUGUGGUCUACGUACAGCAGGAGAUCGGAUUCGAUGUGGGAUAUGCCAUCCCAGCAGCCUCCAUCGUCGUGGCGAUCAUCAUGCUUCUGAUUUGCCGAAAGUGGUACCGCAUGAGGCCACCUGAAGGGAGCGUGUUCACAACUGUCGCCAAAAUCAUCUGGCAGGCUCUAUCAAGAAUCAGGAAGCCUAAUGCCAGGAAAGACCAGAUGACAUCCUGGCUGGAUCGCGCCAAGCACAGCUUCGGUGGUCACUUCCCAGACCUCAAAGUGGACGAAGUCAGGUCCUUGGGAAGAAUUAUACCAGUUUUUAUCGUCAUCAUCUUUUAUUGGACUGUGUACUUCCAGAUGUCAACGACCUAUUUGCUACAAGGCGAACGCAUGCGUCUGGUCUACAGCGGUUUCACUAUCCCAGUGGCUGCUCUCAACCUCUUUGAUGUCGCCAUUAUUCUUGUCAUGAUUCCCGUCGUGGAUCGUAUCUUCUACCCAUUCAUGGCAAGAAUUGGAUAUCCUCUCACCAAACUGAAGCGAAUAGGUAUUGGCAUGGCACUAGCUGUCUUUUCCAUGAUCUUGGCAGCUGGAGUCGAGUUUGGCCGGAAAGCAAACAUCAAGGAGUAUGGCUACUUCCAGCAGGAAGUUGCUGGCAAGGCCUUCAAUGCGUCGGACUUGUCCGUCUUUGCACAGGUUCCUCAGUACACGUUUAUAGGAGCCAGUGAGGUUUUCACAAGCAUUACAGGCCUAGAGUUUGCGUACUCUCAAUCACCCAAAGCAAUGCAAGGAGUGGUCAUGGGGCUUUUCUUGCUAACAUCAGGCCUAGGUAGCUACAUCGGGUCACUACUGGUCACCAUUGUCAAUGCGAUUACCUUGGGUGCGGGUGGGGCUUGGAUCCCGAAUGAAAUCAACAAAGGUCACCUUGAGUACUUCUUCCUUCUACUAGCUCUGAUCAUGGCCAUCGACUUCGGCUGUUUUCUGCUCAUUGCAAGGGGCUACAUCUAUGUCGAGGAUGCCGAGCUACAGUAUGACAACCGACCCCCUGACCCUGGGGAGAGAGGAAAAAGAUCUAGCAGGAAGAAACAGGGGGGAAAUCAGUCUGAAACCUCGCCCCUUUUGAGUGAUUCUGGAAUGAUAUAGAAAUAAGUUGCCUUUUUGUUUCUG